AUGCCUCCUUGGAACUGUAACCCUGGCCCUUCGCCCGUUUUCCGGACCGCGACUUGCACCUCCUUAGCGUCGCCAGCCAGCUUCUUCUCCUUCUUUGGCACGGGAAUGGGGGCCGGCUCAUCUGGAUCUGGAGGAGGCCCGUCGUCUUCGUCCGAGUCAUCUCCUCGUCGUCGAACCUCACUCGUGAUCCACCUCUCCUCUCCUUCACCGAGUUACGAGCCCGAUCCCACUCACACCGAGUCCGAGUUCGAUCCGGGUCAAUUCUCAGAUGCAUCGGCUCCUUCCAUGAAUGUCGGAACGAUUUCAAGACGUAACGAAAGCCGCCAGUACACUUGCUCCUUCGAGGGGUGCACGAAAUCGUACAAGAAGCCAUCUAGAUUAGAGGAGCAUGAGAGGUCUCAUACGGGCACUGUGACGCCGUAUACGUGUUCGGCCUGCAACAAAUCGUAUCUACGAGAAUCCCAUCUUCAGGCACAUGCUCGAGUACAUCUACCAGACUCUGCCAGGCCAUUCGCGUGCGAGCAUGAAGGCUGUGGCAAGAGGUUUUGGACGUCGCAGCACCUUCGUGUACACACCGAGCAGCAUCGCGGUGAGAAAGCGUUCAAAUGCACAGAGCAGGGUUGUGACCAAGCAUUCGCAAAGCAUCACCAGCUGCGCGAUCACGUUGCUUCCGUGCAUUCGCCUCCGGGUACAAAACCUUACAAGUGUACCCAUUCGGGAUGUACCAAAUCGUUCGCCACUAACCAGAAGCUAAACGGACAUCAGAAGACGCACGACGACAAGCGAUACACAUGCACCCACCAGUCGUGUCUCCCCGCCUCUGGGACGGACCCCACGUACUACGCGACGUGGUCCGCCCUGCAACACCACACCCGCACCGUACACCCCCCUACCUGCCCGUACCCGUCCUGCAACGGCAAAACCUUCAGCCAACAAAAGGGCCUCCGCGCGCACCUCAAGAUCCACGCCCAGCGCGACCAAGAAGCUGCCCUCGAUGCCACGGCGACGACGCCCCGCCCACGCAAGAAGCGGCGCGGCGGCGAAGUGGGCCGCGACUGGGUCUGCGACGUCGAAGGGUGCACGAAGGACUUCAAGUCGAAAAAGGCCCUCGCGACUCACGACGCCGUCGCGCACCUCAAGCGUCGCGACUUCGUGUGCCCGCACGCCGCCUGCGCGCGCGCGUUCGGCUACAAGCACCUCCUCCAGCGACACCUCGCCAAGCUGCACGCCCCGUCGCCCAACGCCGGGACGGAGGCGGAGGAGGAGGCGAUCGCCACCGCGGCCGAGGCGGACACGGAGGCGGAUGCCGAGACGGGGAUCGACUUGCUCACCGGGAAGGCGUACGCAUCGCGCGCUGCGCAGGCCCACAAGCUGCGCUGCCCUCAUCCGCACCUCCCGCCGCUGCUGUCACCCACCUCAGCCACAGCCACAGCCGGCGGCUCGCCUCGCCUCGACGAGCCCGCGAAGGCUAGCCUGGAGGAGGCGGGGACGGCUGGCGCGAGGAAGGCGAUCGCGUGCCAGUACAUGUUCAGCCGCGCGUACGAUCUGCAUCGACACUUGCGUGCGGAGCACAGCGUAAUCGUUGAGCGAGAGCGGGUCGAAGUCUGGGUUCGGCGCGAAAAGGAGGGCAAGUCUUAG